AUCAGUAUGAGCAUCCAGGCCCCACCCAGACUCCUGGAACUGGCUGGGCAGAGCUUGGUGAGGAACGAGGCUUUGGCCAUCUCUGCUCUGAAGGAGCUGCCCACUGAGCUCUACCCAGGCCUGUUCAUGGAGGCCUUUGCUAUGAGAUGCAGCAAGACCGUGAAGGCGAUGGUACAGACCUGGCCCUUCACCCGCCUUCCUCUAGGGGCGCUCAUGAAGACGCCUGACCUGGAGACCUUACGAGCUGUUCUGCAGGGGCUUGAUGCACUGCUUGACCAGGAGGUUCAUCCCAGAAGGUGGAGCAUCCAAGUGCUGGAUUUACGGAAUGUUGAUGAGGACUUCUGGGUUGUAUGGUCUGGUGCCCCUGUGAGCUCUCUGAAGGCCAUGAGUAAGAGGCAAACAGAGGAGGACUGUCCAAGGAUGAGAAGGAAGCAGUCCUUGAAGGUGUUUGUAGACCUUUGCCUCGAGGAAAAAACCCUUGAUGAAUUCCUCACCUACCUCUUUCUGUGGUUCAUGCAAAGGAACGACUUAGUACACUUGUGCUGUAGAAAGCUGAAAAUUUAUUUAAUGCCCAUCCAAAAUAUCACAAAGGUCCUAAAAAUGGUGGACCUGGACUGUAUCCAGGAGGUAGAAGUUGAUUGCACCUGGAAAUUGUCCACCCUGGAAAGGUUUGUUCCUUAUCUGGGCCAGAUGAGUCAUCUUCACAAACUCCUUCUCUCCCACAUCUAUGUGUCUGACAACAUUUCCCAAGAGAAAAAGGAGGAGUUUGUCUCCCAGCUCACCUCUCAGUUCCUCAAGCUGGACUGCCUCCAGAAGCUUCAUAUGGACUCUGUCCCCUUUCUUGAAGGCCACCUGGACCAGGUGCUCAGGUGCCUCAAGACCCCCCUGGAGACCCUCUCAAUAACCAACUGCCUGCUUUCGGAAUCAGACUUGAGGCAACUGUCCCAGUGCCCGAGCAUCAGUCAGCUAAAGGAACUGGAUCUGAGCGGCAUCAAACUGGCCAAUUUCGUUCCUGAGACCCUUCAACUUCUGCUAGGGAAAGUUGCUGCCACCCUCCAGACCCUGGACUUGGAUGAAUGCGGGAUCACAGACACCCAACUCAGAGUCAUCCUGCCUGCCCUGAGCCGCUGCUCCCAGCUCAAAAUCUUCAGCUUUCGUGGCAAUCCCAUCUCCAUGGCCGCCCUGGAGACUCUGCUGCGACACACCGUCAGGCUGAGCAAGUUACACCUGGAGAUGUACGACGCCCCUCUGGAGAGCUACGGUGCCCAGGGGGCACUCUGCCAGACAAGAUUCGCCCAGCUCCGGGCUGAGCUGAUACAGAUGCUAAGGGACUCAGGGAAUCCCAAGACAGUCGUGUUCAGUACAGUGCCCUGA